AUGACUUCGAGUACCAGCACUCCCGGCGAGCAUUUAGCCGUCAUUCUUCCGCAAAAGGAUGCCCCAAUGUCAAUCUCCCUGCGUCCAACACCCGAACCAGGACCGAACGACAUACUUAUCGAGGUGAAGGCUAUCGCAGUUAACAUCGCCGACUAUUAUCAGAGGGACCAAGGCAUCCCGCCUAUUCCGCAAUACCCCACAGUCCUGGGUUCAGAUGUCGCGGGCAUCGUGGUCAAGGUUGGAUCCAAUGUUUCGGCGGAUGCGCCCCAGCCAGGAGCGAGAGUCACAGCAUUUGCUAGUGCAUUCUUUGAGAACGGAUUGCCGGAUUAUGGCGCAUUCCAUCUGAGCUUUGAAGAAGCGGCGAUGCUGCCGAUGGCUGUCUUGACUGCCUGGGACGGUUGGUAUGUGAUUGGCAUUCCACAUGAUACCAAAUACACGCCUGAGGAUAAGAAAGCCAUGCUGGUCUGGGGGGCCUCCAGCAGCGUGGGCAGUGCAGCGCUUCAAUCGGCCAAGAUCAUGGGGUUCACUGUCUAUACAACCGCCAGCGCGAGACACCAUGAAUAUCUCAAACAACUGGGCGCGGACCGAACGUUCGAUUAUAAGGAUGCGGAUGUGGUUGCGCAAAUCAUUCAAGCUGCCAGGGACGAUGGGGUCUCCCUGCACAACGCUUAUGAUGCUGUGGCAGGUUCUUUGGAGCCAACAAUGGAGAUUCUUAAAGAGCUGAAGGGGGAUGCAGUUGCAAAGAUAGCACAUGCCGCCUUAUUGCCUCCGGAUGCACCGACUGUGGAGGGUAUCGAAGCGAAAUUCGUUUACCCCCCCUUGGAUCCUGUAGAGAGACAGGAGUAUUUCCAUCAGACGUUCAGAGUCUGGCUCACAGAGAAACUUGCGUCCGGACAAUUUAUUCCCAGUCCACAUAUUCAGAUUAUGGGCGGUGGACUUGAAGGACUGAACAAGGCGCUCGACGCACUGCAAGAAGGAGUCAGCGGGACGAAAAUUGUACUUACGCUUUAAGCCAGCCGCUAACUCUGGUUCCCUAUAAUGGAUGAGGUGUUCCAGUCAUUUAUGUGUCAUUUUCGAUCUCGUUUUCUGAAGUUGUAUACGGUACUGUACAUAACCCUAACAAUAUACGUCAGGCCAUAGGAUCGAAAAUAUAGUGACUUCUCCCUCCCCUUUCCCUGAACUAAACCAGGCCGAUAGUUAGUUGC